UAAACAAUUUGGGAAUAAUAAAUAAUAAACUUACUUGACUCAGACUACAAGGAAGUUGAUGACGACAACGACAAGUCCACAGGAUUUUUGAGAAGUCUUGCAGUUUUAUAUAUGUGGUUGUGAGCCACUGAAUAUCUUCUACGCUGCCUGCGUAUUAACUACAACAAUAAGAUAGAGAAAUUUUGCAUUUGCUUCGUCUCAUAUAUUCUUUCCUACACGAAAAGGUUUUAACCAAGAAAAAAAAGAGAAGCAUGAGAUUGUUUAUUUUAUUUUCUUUCAGUGCUCUCAUGUUACUUGAAGCAUAUGGUUUUACCGAUGAAACUGAUAGGAAAGCAUUGCUCGACUUCAAAUCUCAAGUUUCUGAAGACAGACAAGAUGUUUUGUCCUCAUGGAAUAACUCAUCCCCUCUCUGUAGUUGGGAAGGGGUUACAUGUGGCCUCAAUAACAAGAGAGUUACCCGUUUGGAACUUGGAGGAAGGCAGUUAAGGGGAAUGAUAUCACCAUCUAUUGGUAAUCUUUCCUUCCUCGUAUCACUUAAUCUCUCUGAUAACUCUAUUGGUGGAACUAUCCCUCACCAGGUGGGGAACUUGUUUAGACUUAAGUAUUUGAAUAUGAGCAUUAAUAAUCUCGGAGGAGAGCUUCCCGUCGAUCUAUUUAACUGCUCUAGAUUGUUGGCCCUUAUUUUAUUUAAGAACCAUCUUGGAGGAAGCGUUCCUUCAGAACUAGGAUCAUUGGCGAAUCUUGAAACUUUACGUCUUGGUUUUAACAACUUGAGAGGGAUGCUCCCUGCUUCUCUAGGGAACUUGACAUCUCUCAUGCGAGUAGGCUUAUCAGUGAACGAAAUAGAAGGAGGACUUCCUGAUGAUCUAGCUAAAUUGACUCGGUUGGUGUAUCUUGAACUAGGAAUGAACAGAUUCUCAGGCGUUUUUCCUCCCUCCAUCUACAAUUUUUCCUUGCUUGAGCACUUGAACAUGUUUAGUAAUGGUUUUUCAGGAAGCCUAAAGCCUGAUUUCGGUAACCUACUACCAAAUCUUAGAGAAUUGUUUAUGGGAGGUAACAGUUUCACAGGACCCAUCCCAACAACACUUUCAAAUAUCUCAAAUCUUCAACUCUUAGGAAUCGAGCAUAACAAAAUGGUAGGAAGUAUUUCUUCGAGCUUUGGAAAACUACGGAAUUUGCAACAUAUGGGACUCAACAGUAAUUCUUUGGGAAGUUACUCUUCUGGAGAUCUUCAAUUUCUUAAGGCUUUUACUAAUUGUACCCAACUUCAUAUUUUAAAUGUUAAUACAAAUAUGCUUGGAGGUGACUUGCCUACCUCUGUUACGAACCUGUCCACCAACCUCCAACAAUUAAACCUUGGAAUAAAUUUCAUCUCUGGAACCAUUCCUUAUGACAUUGGGAAUCUCAUCAGCCUACAAAAACUUAGGUUAGACGACAACUUGUUGACCGGACCACCACCAAGUUCCAUCGGAAAGCUUUCUAGAUUGGUGUUAUUAAACCUCACGUCAAAUAGAAUGUCAGGAGAGACACCUUCUUCAAUAGGAAACAUCACUCGGUUAGAACAAAUUUAUUUGUCCAACAAUAGUUUUGAAGGAACCCUUCCUCCAACUCUUGGUCAGUGCAAAUACUUGUUAUAUUUGUCGAUUGGGUCUAAUAAGUUGAAUGGGGCUAUACCUCAGGAGAUUAUGCAAAUUCAGUCCCUUGUUCACCUCAACUUGUCAGAUAAUUCCUUGACAGGUUCUCUGCCAAAGUAUAUUAAACCACUAGAACGUCUUUGCACACUGUCUGUUGCCCAUAAUAAAUUAUCCGGGCAACUCCCUCAAGUCUUGGGAGACUGUCUCUCGGUAGAGAAUCUUUAUUUACAAGGAAAUUUUUUUGACGGUGAUAUUCCAAAUAUAAAGGGGUUGAUGGGUGCUAAAAGACUUGAUUUCUCGAACAAUAAUCUCUCCGGAAGUAUACCUGGAUAUUUUGCAAACUUUUCUUCCUUGGAGUAUCUUAAUCUAUCCAUCAACAAUUUCGAGGGAAAGGUGCCAACAGAAGGAAAAUUUCAGAAUGCUACUGCAGUUACAGUAUUUGGAAACAAAGAUCUAUGUGGAGGUAUCAAGGAACUGAAACUGAAGCCAUGUAUUAUUGUGCAAGCACAACCAAUGGAGACUAGCCAUUUCUCUCUUUGGAAGAAAGUUUCCAUUGGGGUAAGCGUAGGAAUAGCUUUGCUUUUGAUGGUGUUCAUGGCUUAUAUUUCUCUACGUUGGUUCAGAAAGCGAAAGAAGAACCAGCAGACCAAUAAUCCAACUUCUUCCAGACUAGAGGUUUUCCACGAAAAUAUAAGUUAUGUAUAUCUCCGUAAUGCAACGGAUGGCUUCUCUUCCAGAAAUUUGAUUGGAUCAGGCAGUUUUGGCACCGUGUUUAAGGCAUUGCUUCCAACAGAGAACAAGGUUGUUGCAGUGAAAGUUCUAAACCUGCGGAGACGUGGAGCUAUGAAGAGCUUUAUGACAGAGUGUGAAUCCCUUAAGAACAUAAGGCAUCGUAACCUUGUGAAACUAUUGACGGCUUGUUCGAGUAUUGAUUUUCAGGGAAAUGAUUUCAGAGCUCUUAUCUAUGAGUUUAUGCCAAAUGGAAGCCUAGAUAUGUGGCUGCACCCUGAGGAAGUGGAAGAGAUUCGUAGGCCCACAAGAGCCUUGACCCUCUUUGAAAGGCUCAACAUUGCUAUAGAUGUGAUUUCUGUUUUGGAACAUAUUCAUGUUUAUUGCCAUGAACCUAUAGCUCAUUGUGAUCUCAAGCCGAGCAACGUCCUCCUAAACGAUGAUCUGACUGCCCAUGUUGGCGACUUUGGCAUUGCUCAACUGCUCAUGAAAUUUGACAAGGAGUCUUUGUUCAACCAACUAAGCUCGGCCGGCGUCAGAGGAACCAUCGGCUAUGCCGCACCAGAAUAUGGAAUGGGAGGACAACCAUCAAUAUAUGGUGAUGUGUAUAGCUUUGGUGUUCUUCUUUUGGAAAUGUUCACUGGAAAGCAACCAACAAAUGAGUUAUUUGGGGGAAACGUUACCCUACGUAGCUACACCAAGUUGGCGUUGCCAGAGAAAGUGUUGGAAAUUGCAGACAGUUCGAUUCUUAAUAGCUGUCCCAGAGUUAGUAUCCCUCGUGAUGAAUGCUUGACACUGAUUUUGGAAUUGGGAUUUAGGUGUUGUGAAGAAUCUCCGAUGAACCGUUUGGCCACGAGUGAAGCCAGAAAGGAAUUAAUCUCAAUCAGAGAGAUAUUCUUUAUAGCCAGAAGAACAGGAAGACGUUGAUUUGUUUAUCGUUUCGUCUACAGACUUUGCAACUCACUUAAAAGAAGGAAUCUAAGACCUGUAUAAUCUUUCAUAAUUUUUUUGUUUUUACUCAGUUAAACAUGAUUAUGCAUGCAGAAUGCUUUGCUAUAUGCAGACAAUAAAAUAAGAAACCCAUAGAACAAAUGUUGUGUUACCAGCUUUAUAAUUGCCAUUCCUUGAAGCUCUGA